CCCGUGGAAGGACGCGUAGGCUAGCCCACGGCUGCUGCACCUGAGGCUCACACCCGUAUAACCUCCCGGCUCUGCGAUCAGAGACUGCGAGGCCCCCGAGGCCGCGGCCGCGGGGCCGUCGGAGGUUCCCCAGGGCGUGGAGCCUGGCAGGCGCGGCUCCCCGCCGGGAUUGGCCGGCGCGGCCGGGCGGACGUCACACAGGGACGAUCCAGCGCGUCCGCCUCCCGAGUGCGAGUUGUUAGAAGCCAUCCCUGGAUAAGGUUGAAAAGCGUUCUCCCUCCCGCGGAAGCCGGUGCGCAGGGAGGAAGCCAGAAAUCCCUUAUUGUGGAUCCGAGAAACUAUGGACCCUGGAAAUCUCAACAUUGGAAAUUACUCACAGAAUGUGCUAAACCAGCCAGUUGACAUCAACAUCUCUUCCUUCAGACAGUUUGAACCCCUGUGCAAAUUUCAUCAGAGAGAAGCAUUUAAUAAUGAAAUGAUAACAUUUCAGAAUCUGACAGAAGGCUUACCUUAUGCCAAGGAGCCAGAAUUGCAAUGUCAUGUAUAUAAUGAUGCAAAAGACACCAAUAUACAGAAAGAUUCAUUUAAGGAAGAAAGUCCAGUGGAAAGUAGCACUUCCGCAGAUCAAGAUCAACUUGCUCUAGAGUGUGUCAGACAAUCUCCCAGAAGCCCGUCUCUAAUCCACUGCACUGGAGGGACACUGAAAUUCAUGGAAGUGUCACUGGCUAAUAGCACUGCCAUGGAAACUGCCUUCAACCCUAGUCAGCCUCAGAACUUCUUGUGUAAGGAAAAUGUGCAUGGAGAUGUUGAACAACUCGUUUAUAAAGAGAAUAGCUUUCACCUGCUUAAUCAGAGAGCUAAUUAUAAAGCAGAGGAGAUUGCAGGUUCUUCCAAAGGAAUACAGAAUUCUGCAGAUAUUCCUGAGAUGUCAGUCAAGCACCAAAAGGAAGUCGCAGUGGAGGGCAGAGAGAGUUCAGAGAUUGUCUCAUGUUGGUCUCCGAUAGGCAUUUCUUGGAGUGGUGGGGCAUCUCGGGAGGGCUGCAUGACACCCAACACAGAGCAAAGCUUGGAAAGCCCAUGGCCUCUGGAAGAGGACAUGGCUUUAAAUGAAGUCCUGAGGAAAUUAAAACAUACUAACAGAGAACAGCAGACUCUGAUCCAAGACCUGCAGCGUAGUAACAUGUAUUUAGAGAAGAAGGUUGAAGAACUGCAGAUGAAGACUACUAAACAGCAGGUGUCCGUGGACAUCAUGAAUAAGCUAAAGGAGAAUGUCGAGGAAUUAAUUGAAGACAAAUACAGAGUGAUGCUAGAGAAGAAUGAUACGGAGAAGACACUGCGGAAUGUGCAUGAGGUUUUAGUUGACACGCAACAAUGUCUUCAGGAGUCCAGGAAUGAAAAGGAAACCUUACAGCAAGAGCUUAAGAAGAUCAAGAGCAAUUAUGUCAGUCUACAGGAAAGGUACACGACUGAAAUGCAACAGAAGAAGCAAGCUGCAAGUCAGUGCUUAAUGAUGGACAGAGCCUUGAGCAAGAAAGAAGAAGAGGUCGAGAGGCUGCAGCAACUCAAAGAAGAGUUGGAAGAGGCCACCGCUUCCGCUCUGGGCUUGUUGAAAAGGGAGCAGGAGACGCGAGAACAAGAGCUCCUGUCUCUACAGGAGGAGUUCCAGAAGCGUGAAAAGGAAAACCUGGACGAGAGACGGAAGCUGAAAUCUAGGCUUGAGAAACUGGUCGCUCAAGUUCAAAAUCUGCAGUUCACUUCUGAGAAUGAAAAGGCCAAGAAUACAAAACUUCAGCAGCAGAUCGACGAAGUGAGAAAUGAGAACGCGAAACUUCAGCAGCAGGUUGCAAGGAGCGAGGAGCAAAAUUACGUCCCUAAAUCUGAGACAGUGCAGCUAAAGGAGCGCUUAGAGGAAGUGAUGGAGUCAGACAUGGGGAAGGAUGCAAAGAUGAUACAUUCUGAUUUGUUCCUGACUCACUCACCUUGUGAAGGAGAGAACCUGAAUCCUCCAGAUAUGAAAAGAAUGUCUCCACUGACCUCCAAAAUUCACAGUCUUCUGGCUCUGAUGGUAGGACUUCUCACAUGCCAGGACAUCACCAGUCCCGAUGCUGAACAUUUCAAAGAGACUGAGAAAGUUAGUGAUAUAAUGCUACAAAAACUGAAGACUUUUCAUCUAAAAAAGAAUAAUUUAGAUAAAGAGCUACUGAAACAUAAAGACAGAAUCACAACUUUCAGAGAGUUAAUUGCCAAUGAAAAAUCAUUUCAAGAUCAGGUUACUGAGGUUACAGACUUUGAUUCAAAUGAAACCAAGAAUGUCAGAGACAUACCUGUCCUACUGGGAGCCAAACUGGAUCAGUACCACAACCUAAACGAAGAGCUUGAUUUCUUGAUAGCAAAAUUGGGACAUCUUCUAGAGUCGAAAAAAGACCACUGCAACAGACUCAUUGAAGAAAAUGACAAGUAUCAAAGACAUUUAGGCAGCUUAAUAAAUAAGGUUACAUCAUAUGAAGAAAUUAUCGAAUGUGCUGACCAAAGGCUCGUGAUAUCCCACUCCCAGAUUGCGCGUUUAGAAGAGAGAAAUAAACAUUUGGAAGACUUAAUUAGAAGGCCCAGAGAAAAAGCCAGAAGACCAAGACGAAGAAGUCAUCAGAAGUCCAUGACCGUGGUGCACAGGAGAGGGAAGCUCUGCUCACUCACAGCGUGGAGGUCCGAGGUACCUGUGAACCACAAGUAAAAUGUAAAACCGACGUUGCUCAUAUGGAAGGAGGUGCAGAUGAUCAGGAACAGUGGUACGUGCCGUGCUCAGAAGUGUGAACUUACCCUUAUGAGAAGCAAGCUCUGAAGGAUUUUAAGCAGAGGAGUGAGUGGUCAGUUACGUGUUUUGAAAGAUCCUCCUAAUAGUGCCGUAAAGGAUAGGGUGAUGGUGAAUGAUGCCAGAAUCAGAGGCACCGGAUGAGAUGCUCCUCCAGUGCUCCACGCUAGAAAAACCUAUCCCGGAACUGAAGUAGUGCCGGUGGAAAUAAAGAGGAAGACACGAAUGCAAAGUGAUUUAAAAGGCGAAAUGAAAAGGAUUUGGUGAUUCGCUAUGGUAGUGAAGGGGGAGGAGUCUAGGGAGCCUGGCUGGGGUCGGGGUUGUGGUAGUCUUCACAGAGGUGGGGAAAACGGGAGGGGAAGGUGGGGUGAGCGCAAGGUUGCCGUGAAACAUCCGGGGACGUAUUCAAUAAGCAGUUAAAGACGGGCUGAGAAGGAUCCCGUGGUCAGGGGGGACUGAAGACGACGGGCGAGGAGGGGAGCAGGGAUCACUGAUGAACAGUGGUCUCCGAGGCGGAAGGAGGGGCACAGCCCUGGUCAGGGCAGCUCCGAGCUGUGCCGUGGGGCGUGGAGGAGGCUGGAGGGAGGCCGAGGUCGGAAGUAGCUGCAGCCUCUGCCCUCACAGAGCGGAGCUCUCGCCACAGGGCAGGACGGCGAGGUGCAGUUUCCUCUCCUCCUCACCGCUUCUGUAUUUUCAUCCACUCUCUUCUUCUCCCCCGUGUUCCUUGUUUCCUUAAUUCUGACCCAUUGCAUCUUCUUGAGGACUUGCUCCGUCAAUCAUUUUCACUCUCACACCUUUAGUUUAUAACUCUUCAUGGAAUUCUUACCCUCGCCUUUAAAAAUAUCCUUCCUGCAGCCCUCUUUUCCUCUAAAGCUAUCACAUCUUAUCUUAAUCAAGUAGGCUGUCUGGACUCAUAGUGUUUCUGAUAAGUUUUUUUCCAUAUAGCCAGUCUCACUAGGCUGCCCUCUUUUUUAAAGGCUGUGUGAUAUUUCAUUGUAUAUAUCUGAAAUAAUGCAUUGAAUUACAUUUUAUGGGCAGGGACUCCAGUUCUUACUCUGUAGUCCAGAACUCACUGCCUUACAUGCUCGGGCCGCAAAUUACGAGUGUGCCUUUGCCCACACUGUUUCCGUGUCCUAGAACUAACUGAACUCCCUUCUUCACCUCCACCACCCGGUUCCUCCUGGUUAAAAUGUGUAUCUCUCAAGGCCUAAUUGAAAUGUCACCCUCAUCCUUAUUUGAAGGUAAUAACCCAUCUCCUCUACUCUGUGACUUUCUAAUGACUCUUAGCACAUCCCUUCCUAAAUUAUAGCUCCUGGGAGACCAUCAGCCACAGCAAAAAGAGCACACAACCUGGAAUUGUAAGAUUUAGGUUCAAGACUCCUCCAUACUAGCUGUUGUGAGAACUGAGUUAAUUGCCACAGCAUUUUAAGAAUUAGAGGACUGUGUUAAUAUCAGUGUCAGAAUGUAAAUAUUCCAUACAUCGUGUCUGUGGUUAAAAGAUUAUAACAUUUGACUGUAUAAAUAUAACUCUUGGUACAAGUGAGUGAGAGGUAAGCUGUGAAACUGGGUAAGGAUCUUCCUGUAUUUAGCAAGACCAGGCCUGCAAGAGAACAAUUAGAAUGUGUUUUUAAGAAAUUCUAGUGGGGAGGGAAAUAGCUCAGUGGUGGAGCACAUGCUUAGCAUGCAUGCAUGAGGUCCUGAGCUCAAUCUCCAGUACUUCUGUUUAAAAAAUUAAUUUUUAAAAAUUCUAGUGAACAGCACAUAGUGAAAAUCCAACAGUUUGGCAGCACGGCUGGCGACUCUUACAGGGCCAAGGCCAAAGACAACGUUGCAAGAAGGGGAUCUUCAAGUUUCCACAGCACAGCUGCUCUGCUGCUGCCUUGCGUCUCAGUUUGGGUUAGAGGAUUUGAACAUCCCUAAUCCAAGAGCUUUGGUGCUGGAAGAAGAGUGUUUAGGAAAAACUUAGUUUUUUUUCCUCCUGUGUUUCCCCUUUAUGCUCACUUUCCUACCACGUUCACAAAACCUCUAACACUAGUUGUGUGGUGGGUUUUCCCCCACCAAGUAAUUCUCUGCGACACCAGCUGGGGGUCCCACAAUUUAACUCAGUGUGGACACAUCUACCUGCAAGUAGCAUCAGAUCCCACAGGUUAAGGGCUCAGUCCCCCAAGACUGCUCCCACCCCACUUCAGAUGCCAACCCAAGUCCAAGUUGGCACCUCUUGGUGCCAGCACAGAUCAGCUCUAAGUCAGGGGUUCCCAUGACCCCUUCCUCCAAUUCCAUUAAUAUGCUAGAGAGGCUCACAAAACUCAGGAAAACACUUAGUUUAACAGUUUAUUAAAGGAUACAGAUGAACAUCUGUAGCUCAAGAUGGAGAUACAUAAGCUGAGGUCUGGGAGGGCCCUAAGCUUCUGUCCCCAUGGAGCUGGGGUACAUCACCCUUCCAGGACUUGGAUGUGUUCAGCAACCUGGAAGCUCCCUGAAUCCUGUACUUUUGGGAUUUCUACAGAGGCUUCCUCCUGCUGGCAUGAUUAAUUAUUAACUUCACUUCCAGCCUCUCUCCCCUGUCUGGAGAAUGGAGGGUGGGGCUGAAAAUCCUCAGCUUCUGAUCAUGGUUUCUGGUGACCAGCUCCUAUCCACGAGCCCACCCAGAGGUUCCCCACCCACCACCCACCGUUAGAGCAAAAGAGACCCCUAGGGUUCUCAUCUCUUGGGAAUUUACAAGGGUUUCAGGAGUUUUGUGCUAGAGACCAGGGUUGGGAGACAGAUAAAAAUGUACAUUUUUUUCUGUUAUCUCAAAUAGGUCUAAAAACUACAGUACACAAGUACAUGAGGAAUUACUACAACUAAUAAUUAGACCUUUUAAACAUACGCUUCCCUAUAUUGAAGGAUGAUUUACAUACUAUAAUAUUCACCUAUUGCAAGUGUACAACUCAAUGAUUUUUAGUAAAUUUAUAAAGUCAUGCAGUUAUCAUCCAACCUAGGUUUAGAAUAUUUCCAUCACCCUCCCCCACAGUGUUUCCUCUCACCUGUUUGCAGUCAGUCACUACUUCCCCCACCCCCGCCCCCUCCUGGGUUCUGGUCUGUCUUGUUUUCAGGGAACAUGCAAGAGGAGGGUCAGUAGGACAAACCGUGAUCAGCCGCUGCAUCUGAGCAGGAGGUGCUGUGGCUAGUAUUUGGUUACGUUUCAGGAUUUCCCCAUCAUCUGCUAUCCCAUUUUUGCAGGGGCCAGCUGGCAAAUUCAAUUGGAAUUUGACAGAGACCACCACCCCUCGGAGAGCAGUGCACAUCUCUGCCAUUCCCCUGGGAUGUGGUUAUGUUUUAAAUUUACUGCCUUGGCUGGGGAGGGGAGUGGUGGUGGCACUUUCAGAGGCUUCCACUUGGCCUUUCAUCCUCUUAAUGCUCUUACUAGGAGCAAAGGUGAGGGUUCUUUCAGCCACCAAGUGUGUCCAUUCCAUCUGUACUGUCAGGAACCAGGUAUGGGUGUGUCUGGUAAACUGAAGGACCCACUGCUAGUGGGACCUGGCAAGGACCCUGUUCAUCUGGCUUCUGUGUACUCCCACCCAAAAGGGGGCCAUGUUGGCACAUCGAGUCUUGGACAUAAUAGGAGUUCUGACCUUCUGCGCAACAGUCCUCCAGGGUCCAGAUGUUCCCCUUUCUGCAAUGCAGGAUUCCCGUGAGUAAACGCCCACAGGUCUCUCUGAGGAAGGAUGGGGCGCUCGCUACUGCACAGCCAUCGUGGUGUUUCAGGCUCCAUGUCAUGGCAGCCCAGCUCCUCCCCAGUUACUGGGUUCUAGGAUUGAGAACAGGAGAGGAGAGCAUGACUUUGUAUUGGGGUCACUAUUGUCAGCUUCCUGAUGUUUCUUGAUUUCUAAAUUGUACAAGUUAAGCAAUAAUUGGAACACCCACAUAUCUUAUGAACAUCGCCAUGGCUUUCGACACAGUACCCCUCCUGCCUGCUCCCCAUCACCCAUCUCCUGUUUUGACUUUGCAGCUUGUGGCGCUAGUUGCUCCCACCUUGUUUCUGAUGGUUAGUGGUGUCACCUCCAUUCUCACUGCUCUCAGCCCAGUUCUGUAACGGUCUAUAGGGGACCGCUGGUCCUCUCAGCGAGGCUGGAGCCUUUCUCACUGGUGCGUUUCCUAUCACUCUGGUAUGUGGAGGUCCCCCAACCCUCUCACAGAAUGUAGGCUGGUGAGGUUUCCAGUCCUCCAUGGCAUAUCCAUUCUAACAGGCCUACACGUCGGGCCAGGUGGAGGAGAAGGCAGCGGGGUGGGGUGGAGGAAACCAGGCUAGGAUGGUGGCCCUUGAGCCUUGAGAAACAGGUGUUAUAGAAGGGGGUUGAGGGAGGCUCAGAUGAAGACUUAAUUGAGAUGGAGGUGUGUUAGUGCAGCGGGGGUGGGGGAAUAAAAGCCCAGGGGAACAGGCGGAGGAGAAACUUGAGAGGUGAGUGGUGAUGUUUUACUGUGUCCGAGGCAGAGAAACGAGGCUGUUGCUGAGGGGGACAGGGGCCACGAGAGAAUUUUGGUUUUUAAGAUGGGCACUAUUAUAGUAUAUUCGUAUGUGGACGGAAGCCAUGAAUUGGAGAGGUUGAAAUUUGUGAUACGGUAGAGAAGAGGGGGCUGUUUUCAGAAUCAGAUGGUGUGAGCAGAAGAUGAGACCAAACCAAAAAUGGUGGGCGACCUUUGAUGGGCCCGUAAACAUUUUUUUGUUGGAACAGAGAGGAGGGCAGAGAGGGCACAGACGGGGGAAAGUGGUGGGUUCUGGUGCUGAGUCAUCAGGUGGUUGUAACUUUGUUCUUUUUCAGGAAAUACGAGCUGGGCAGAGGUCCCGACGGGGGAUGAGAUCUUAUUUUCUGUUUCUUCCCCCCCCCAAUAACUCAUUCAUUACACAAGGAUCACAGAAGAAUUUUUUUCUUUCAGAAGUGAAGUAUGGUACAAAAAUACCUAACUCACUGUUUUUAGCCCUUGUUAGGUGAAAACACGUCUUUGCUUGCAUAUAAUCAAUAUAACUUUUUUUUGCUUGAUAGUUUUUCAUCUUGUACUAGGUCUACAAUUGAAUUUAGGCUGCAAAUUUAUGGAGGAAAGAUAUCACUUGUAACAAUACAACAAAUUCAACAAACGUUUUUUGAAUUAUCACUGGUGUCAGGCGCUGUGCUGUAACACUGACUAAAGUCACCAAGAUCCCUGGCCUCAAGAUGAGACAGACAGGGGCUGUAAUAAACUACAGAUUGUGUCAGAAGAUUCAAAAUGCUAUGAAAAAAAGAGGGAAGUAGAAAUCUCGCGUGCAAGGGAGUGUCUGGGGGGCUGUAAUUUUAAACUGGGAGUGAGGGUGAGCCUCACUGAGCGGGUGACAGCUGAGCAAAGGUUUAAGGACAUGAGGAAGUUCCUUAGCUACCUGGUUACCUGGGGGGGAUAAUACAUCGAAACAGAAACUGGGGCUUAAUAGACCUAUUUGUUAAUGAUCCUGAGCAUCCACAGCAUAUUCUGUUGUGGGGGGCAGUAGCAAAUUAAACAAAAGGACAUGUUUCUCAAAAAACCUGUCAGGCAUCAGGAACCCAGAGCAGGUCUGAUUUGAAACUCACGAAAAGGACAGUGCCUCAAAGUUGGGGAGGGAGAUUCUUCCUCUGCCAGUAGAGAACUCAGCAAGAUUCAGCCACAUCAAAGUGGUGUCGGCAGUCCUGAUGGCUUUGGCACAGCAUGGUGGCUUUGGUAGCCGUGUGCAGGUGGGAGGCCUCAGCAAAGUGGAGGGCUGCUUCCUUAGGGAGUGCCUCCACUUCUCCCAGGUGCCUUAGCUGCCUCAGCGGUGGUGGCACUGGUGGCACUGGUGGAGCAGAGCCGAGCUGGUCGAGACCAGCACUGUCAGGCAGUGACAUAAGCAGACAGAAUUAGACGGUGCCAGCAGCAAUCGCAAGCUGCCUUUCCAGGAGCUCCAGGGCAAGGAGGCCUUGAGCAGAGCCAGCGCAGGAGGAGAGCAGCAGGUGUCCUAGGCCAGGGGAACACAGAGUCUGGAGUCAGACUGCCAGGUUCAAACCCUGCACCUGCCAUUGAGUAGCUUUUAAGCUUGGGUAAGUUACCACACUUGGUUUUCUUUUCAGUAAAUAAUAUCCAACAUUAAAGGAUUUUCAGAGAUUAAGUGACAGAGGUUGGCAAUAGUAAGCACACAAGUGUUAGCUUAUUUGUUUCAUCAUCCACAUGACAUCUCACGCUGGUCCAGUCCAACGGUCACUGGAAUUCACGUUGUAAUUGCAUGACACACUAGAUUAUUGGUAGUGACCCAAAGUCCAACUAGAUGAAAAGGAAACUGAAGGAAACAGUCCAGCCAUUGCGGCCCCCACUAUGUAUUUCCAAAAAGCUUACUCUAUUCCAGCCACUGUUCUAGGUGACUUAUAAUUCUGAAAUUGUCAGAUCAGAAUUUAAAAACUGUCCCUAUUUAACUGUGCGUGAGGGUGUCUGCAGAGAGAGGACCGGAUUUUCCACUGUGUACUUUUUAAUGCUUCUUGUUAAAAAAAAAUUAUGUAUUCCAGUUUUUUACAUUGAAAUAUAGUUGGUUUACAAUUUUGUAUUCGAUUCUGGCAUACAGCAAAGUAAUUCAGUUAUACAUACAUAUACUCUUUUU